AUGAACGACGAUCCGCCGGACGUCAUGGCGAACACGUCAUCUGCUGACGACGUGGCAGAGUGUUCGCGCAACGAGGCCUACGAUUUCAAUCGAUACGCACUCAUCGUCUACGUCGGCACGCCGAUCGCCAUCGCCGGCGUCAUCUGCAAUUGGAUUCUAUUUGUAAGUCACUCACAGCGCUCGGCAAAUUUCCGACUUUCAACCCAAACUUUGCGGGCUUUUUGAACUUGGAUUGAAGUACGUUGGGUCCAAGUUUCAAGCCGAUUGGAUUUUCGGGUCCCGAGAUAUGUGGACCAGACGCCGAAAAGGCGGUUGAUCCAAUCAGUCCGAAACUUAGAGCCACGUCCCAUUGGCUUGCAAAACUUGGGUCCGUUCGGAAUAGUCCAGGCCUCAAAAAGCCUGGACUCGCUUCGAGACUCUAUAGCUUUGCAGAGACUUUUCACCAAAUCCAAAUCGACCAAAUCGCCCAUACUCUACCUACUGCUCCUAGCGAUUUUAGGUAAACUAUCGGACGAGUACGCUAGCCCAAAAUUGUUUUUCUCCAGACCUCCUCAUGGACCUCCUCUACAUUCCGUUCUUCACCGUCGACGCCCUCGCCAUCUAUCAUAGAAACGAGUUUUUGUAUCACAUUUGGCACGACUACGCCAUGUUCAUUUUCGGGCUCAGCCGUUUGGGUAAUGUCUUUUCAUUUUCGAAAUUCAUUAUAUCGGGUCGUUUACAGUUCAAUUCGCCUCCACCUACAUCAUUUUGUGCGCCACAAUUGAGCGGUUUAUAGUGGUGGCCGAGAUCAAUUCGCUCAACUUUUUGAUAUCGUAAGUGGUCCCGGCCGGCACAUAAAAGAGAUGCGGAUGUUUUGCAGAGCAUCCGGAAGAUUCGGUACGAUCGGAGUGACGUUGCUCGGUGUGCUUCUCCUCCGACUGCCCGCCUUCUUCGAGUACUACAUAACGUUCCGUCCGGACUGUCCGCUCUACGAAAACUACGAUUACACGCCGCUGCUCGCCGGCUGGGAGCACUACCAAAUGUUCAACUUUUACGUGAUGACCGUGCUGCACAUUUUCGUGCCGUUCGCCCUCCUCCUCAUGCUCAACAUCUCGAUUGUGGUGGUGACGAAGCGGCGCCUGAGCGGCAUCGGCUGGGCCGUCACCACGUUCAUCGACAUGCCGAAGGUGAGCGAGAUGAUCCGCAAAGAGUCGAUCAACUCGAACAAGAGACGACGCGACGAGUUGCGCUACGCCACGUGGACGAUGGUCUCGAUCGCGACCACCUACCUCUGCUGCGCGUCGCUUUCGCUGUUCAUCGGCGUGCUCGAGAACGUUUGGCCCGACAAUCGGUUGUUGUUUCACGAGGACGGAUCGAGGUGAGCAUCCGAGUCUUCUUUCGUUUUGCGAGAGACUUUUCUUUUUCAGCACCAAGUUCUACACGCUCGCCUCUGACGCGGUGAGCAUUCUCGUCGCCGUCAACUCGCUCCUACGCAUUUUUGUGUACCUCCUCUGCAGUCCCAACUUUAGGUACUGUCGCGGCUAGAGACGGCGAAUGAUGAUGCGAUUUUCAGAAAACAACUGGUCAGCGAGUACCCGUGCCUCAAAUGUCUGUCGUGCGGCCGAGCAGGAGCGGGCGAAUCGGACGAGAAAGCGAAAAAGAUGAAGGAGGAGAAGAGGCUGUUCAUCGGAUAUCAGAACUUGAUAAUGGGCGCGCGGGUCGACAUGUUGUGA